AAGAGAAACUGACAAACGAAACCUGGCGGCAAAACAUGAGCUUCCACUGUGAAGCCCCCACAGCGCCGGCCUUACAAAUUGAAAUGUUGUCUGUUACUCAUCACACUCAGAAUCUCUUCAACCACUUCUUCAUCUUCUUCUUCCUUCACCUUCACAAUCUCACAAUCUAUCAUGGAUUCACCAUUUCCCGCCAUUUCUCUCAUCAUCUUCCUCCUCUUCUUUUCCUCGAAACCUUCCCUGUCAACCACCGUCGGCGGCGUCGACACCAUCUCCCGCCUUCUUCAAAUCCAGCACCGCGAGAGUUCUCCACCGUCCGUCCAGGAAGCCGCCGCUCGCGGUGUCCUCCUCCGCUUGCUCCCUUCACACUCCUCCAGCUUCCACUUCCGGAUAGUCUCCAAGAAUAAAUGCGGUGGCGAAUAUUGUUUCUCGAUUAAAAACCAUCCUUCUUUUGCAAGACAAGGGAAUCCUCAAAUUUUAAUUGAAGGGACAACUGGAGUGGAGAUUGUUGCUGGUUUGCACUGGUAUCUAAAGAAUUGGUGUGGUUCACAUAUAUCUUGGGAUAAAACCGGGGGUUCACAACUAUAUUCAGUACCGAAUGCAGGGUUUCUACCACGCGUUCGCGAUGGUGGUGUCUUGGUUCAGAGGCCUAUUCCGUGGAGCUAUUACCAAAAUGCAGUUACUUCUAGCUAUUCCUUUGCUUGGUGGGACUGGACAAGAUGGGAAAAGGAAAUUGACUGGAUGGCCCUGCAGGGUGUCAACUUGCCACUAGCAUUUACGGGACAAGAAGCUAUCUGGCAGAAAGUGUUCAAGGAGAAAUUUAACAUGACCAUUUCUGAUAUGGAUGAUUUCUUCGGAGGUCCUGCAUUUCUUGCAUGGUCACGUAUGGGAAAUUUACACAGAUGGGGUGGACCACUGCCACAGAGCUGGUUAGAUCAACAAUUAAUCUUGCAGAAGAAAAUUAUUAGCAGAAUGUAUGAGCUUGGAAUGACACCUGUCCUGCCAGCUUUUUCUGGAAAUGUCCCUGCUUCUCUGAAAUAUAUAUUCCCAUCAGCAAAAAUAACACGCUUGGGAAAUUGGUUUUCUGUUGAAAAUGAGCUCAAAUGGAGCUGCACCUAUCUUCUUGAUGCAACUGAUCCCUUGUUCAGUGAGAUCGGGAAAGCAUUUGUUGAGCAACAAUUGCAAGAGUACGGAAGAACCAGCCACAUAUACAACUGUGAUACCUUUGAUGAGAACACUCCACCGAGUGAUGAUCCACAGUACAUUUCUUCAUUGGGCGCAGCAAUCUUUAAAGGGAUGCAGAGAGGUGAUAAUGAUGCUGUUUGGCUGAUGCAGGGAUGGCUAUUUUCAUAUGACCCGUUCUGGGAACCUCCUCAAAUAAAGGCCCUUUUACAUUCUGUUCCUGUUGGAAAGUUGGUGGUUCUUGACCUGUUUGCUGAAGUAAAACCCAUAUGGAUUACGUCAGAGCAGUUUUAUGGAGUUCCCUACAUCUGGUGUAUGCUGCACAAUUUUGCAGGAAACAUUGAGAUGUAUGGGAUAUUAGAUGCGAUAGCAUCUGGGCCAGUUGAAGCACGUUCAAGUGUUAACUCAACAAUGGUUGGAGUUGGAAUGUCAAUGGAAGGUAUAGAACAGAAUCCUGUUGUCUAUGAUCUGAUGUCUGAAAUGGCAUUUCAACACAAUAAAAUCGAUGUUCAGGUGUGGGUUGAUCUAUAUUCAACUAGAAGAUAUGGAAGACCUGUUCCUUUAAUACAAGAGGGAUGGAAUAUCCUAUAUCACACCAUUUACAAUUGCACUGAUGGAGCCUAUGACAAAAACAGAGAUGUCAUUGUAGCAUUGCCAGAUGUUGACCCAUCCAUAAUUUCAGCACAACAUGAAUGGUCUCACAAAUCUGGCAAGCCAUACUCAGGAUCAAUUAUCAAGGAAAUAUCUGAUUCCUUUGAUCGACCACAUUUAUGGUAUUCGACUUCUGAAGUAAUUCAUGCAUUGGAGCUAUUUAUACUUAAUGGAAAUGAACUUUCAAGAAGCAAUACUUAUAGGUACGAUCUUGUUGAUCUGACUAGACAAGUCUUAGCAAAGUAUGCAAAUCAGUUGUUCUUUAUGGUCAUAGAGGCAUACCAAUCACAUGAUGUCCACGGAGUGACUCUGCUCAGCCAGAGAUUUCUGGACCUAGUAGAGGAUUUGGACACACUAUUGGCUUGCCAUGAUGGAUUUCUACUGGGACCCUGGUUAGAAAGUGCAAAAGAAUUAGCUCAAAAUGAAGAUCAGAAGAGACAGUUUGAGUGGAAUGCUAGAACACAAAUAACCAUGUGGUUUGACAACACAGAGGAGGAACCCAGCUUGCUCCGUGACUAUGGAAACAAGUACUGGAGCGGGGUUCUUCAUGAUUACUAUGGCCCAAGAGCUGCUAUUUAUUUCAAAUAUUUAAGAGAAAGCUUAGACAGAGGUGAGGAUUUCAAGCUAAAGGAAUGGAGGAGGGAGUGGAUAAAGCUUACUAAUGAUUGGCAAAGCAGUAGGAAUAUAUUUCCUGUGGAAAGUAGAGGUGAUGCUCUAAACACUUCUAGGUGGCUAUUCAACAAAUACCUGAACUUGAGCUACCCUGAGACCAAGAUUGCACUGGAAUAGUGGACUGAAAGCAAAUCAGUGAAAUUCUAAUGAACUACAUUUGCAUGUAUAUUAAACCAAGACAAUGCUUUUAUUGAUCUGGUAAAGUUCUCUACUAAUUUUCAUUUUCUUUACUCCCAUGCCAUCUUUUGUCAAAAAUACUUUGCAUUGCAGAUGUGACAAAGGCAAAGGAAACUAUGGCUUCCUCAGGGAACAUAAUAUAUGUAUUGCAAUUUUAAAAACCUUGGAGACGGUUAUUUUUUCAUAUUUAUGGAAAUAAGAGUCCCAUCGUAUGAUCUCAAAUAAAAUUGUGCAGGGUGCCUUUUUUUUUUCGUCUUGACCAAGGUAUCCCAUGCCGGCCGUCGUGAGACUAAGCAUUCGCCCCAUGUCAACGCAAUAAUCCUUUGAAUGGAUCAGUUCUUUCAUAUUAUCAAUUCUGUUAUCAAACACAUAUAAGGCAUUCGAAGUUGUUGGCUAGCUACCACCAAACCCCAGGGACUAGCAUUGCCGGUGCAUUCUGGUAGGAACAAAACAGCUGGGAAUCACACUAAAAAGUAAACGCGCAAGAACAGUGAGACACUUGAAUUUCUUCUCAGGGUAGAAUUAUUCUCUAGAAGAUGGGUGGUCCUAUUUGUCUUUUUUAUUUCUUUUCUGAUAUUCUAUGCUUGACGGUAGAAAAAUCACUCAGAUUGGUCCCUAUCCUCGAACCUUCUAAGAAUGGUAGCAUAGCCGCCAUACAAUAAAAAAAAAGUGCCCUCCACCAAUCCUAGACUUGGAUUGUAAAUCCUAGACUUGGAUUGUAACGUAAGUGCUAGCGUGUAAUGGCCUCUGUUGGUCCAAAUUUAUCUAAAAAGGAAAAUCACUUAGUCAAAAAUGGCGUCUUCUAGAAGAUUCCAGCAAAUAAUAAAUGGGAAAACGAGUUUUCUUGUGGGAUACAUUCACGUGUCAAAGUCCACAUCAUAACAUAUUCUUAGCAAUUUGGUGGUUUGCUUUGUCAACUACGUGUUUUUUUUCCUACUUCUAUAAAAUGAAUUGAGCCAGUUCACAAUUCUCCAUCUCUAAACGCUCAUUUCUAAAUACAAGUGCUAGCUAGCUUCUAGUUCUCAAAGCAGUAACCACAAGAUUUUUCAGCUCUCUCUCUGUAUCUGUGUCUUGCUCUAGAAGAAGAAAAUGGAAUCAUAUGGAACAACAUGGGCUGACCAGUGGGACGAUGGUCCAGACCCUGUGUCUGGUUCAAACCAACACAAAAAGAAGAGCAACGGCAACAAAGUCCUUGGCAAGACCAAGACAGUGGCCUCCACUGGCGUCAAGAAGUUGAAGGAGGGUACCUCUGUUAGCCUCCAAUGGAUCAAGACCAAGUAUAGUAAAACCACCCAGAAACAUUAAAUUGCAUGUACCUUUGUCCUGUCUUCGAUUCCUUAUACAUGUUAAUAUCUAGUUUUUCUUCUUUUUUUUACCCUAUUUUGGUUGGUAUCUAUGUAUUUUUUUUGUUGACUACUACAUUUUUUUCUAUGUCUUUAGUUUGGCCUUUCAAUUCAUUUAUUCUUGAUAUGUAAAAUAAGUUUAGAUGGACAUAGCAUAUUUCAACAAAAAGUGUGUUGAGUGUUUUUUCUUUUUUCAUACUUUAUGGUGGUUGAGCCAUGGACUCUUCAUUUUA